AGGCCGCUAGUCAGUUGAUUAAGCUUAACAUUCAUGGACAGCCCACAUCAGUUUAUUGUCACAUGGGAGAUUUCGGAUGUGGAGACGGAGGAUGGACAACGGUCAUGAAAAUUGAUGGUAAUAAGAACACCUUCAUUUAUAGCUCGGGAUACUGGAGUAAUCGAAAUGAAUACCAACCAAGCGGAGGACAGACUGGGUUUGAUUCACAAGAAACCAAGCUACGGACUUAUUGGAGCACACCUUUCAAAAAGAUUUGCCUCGGUAUGAAGAUUAACCAGCAGAUCCAAUUCAUUGUUCUUAACCAGCAAGCAAACUCUCUCUACUCACUGAUAGCCGACGGAAAGCUUCGCACCACCGCGUUAGGUCGUGACAAGUGGGUAUCGUUGAUUGCUUUUGGAGUCUCCUUACAGAACUUCUGUAACUAGGAAGGCUUUAAUGUGGUCAGCGGUCUUGCUGAUCAUAGGAGAGCUAGAAUUGGUAUACUUGGUAACAAUGAAAAUGACUGUCAUACCUGUGAUACCAGAAUUGGGUUUGGUACAGCUGGCCAAGGUGAAGGUGUUAUUUGUGGAAACAAUGGCAAAAAGGCUAUGGGAUACAUCCUUGUGCAGUGAUAUUUAGCUCUUUUGACAAUGUCAGCUUUCAACACUCUUAAGCUAUGAGUACGUAUACUUGUUUGAAAACAAGAACUAUUCUUCGCAGUAGAUCUAAGGUAAAGGAAAUGAUGUUUCGUAGACCGGGUUAGUACGCAAAAGCCUCAAAACCAUCGAUUUAAUCAUCAAUCUGAUGAAUACGAGAAAGGGACUGAAAUUUAGCCUAAUAACUUACUUCCCAAUUAAUUCUUGCCACAAAUUGGUUUCAUCCAUAAAAUUAAAGCAAAUUACAGGCGCAAGUAACUUUCGCAAUUUCCGUAUUGAUUUAUGUCUAGAAAGCGUUGUACAUACAGCAUACAUGCACUUUAUUGAGCUUCCCUAAAAAGGGCUUUUCAGCAUCAAUAUUAAAAAGAAAAUUAAAUUAAUUAAUUAAUAAAUUACUUAUAUCACUAAUUGAUAAAAUAACUAUGUUAAAACUAUGUACAAGGAUAGCUAAAUGAUAACUGUAUACAAGAGCCAUCUGAGUAUCUGUCUGAGUAUUGGAUUCCGUUUGCGCACGCACGUUAGCGAGAAUUAUCCAGGCCGCGGCCGAAGGCUCACACUAUCACCAGCCCUCUUGAGUUUUAUUUUUUCGUUCAAAUUAGCAAACCUGUGUUUAUCAUUCUUUAACAGAAUAAUGGAACUAACACCUCAAAUCAUGUGAAACAACAGCAUAACUACAUUAAUCUG